UGAUGGUCGCUGUUGUUAUGAUGGCGGUGAUGACGUCACGUCCGGCGACCAAGAUGGCCGGCGUGAACCCUCUGUUGGUGUCUGCCAGCGGCGGCGCCUCCCUCCACGGCCUCCAGCAGGCCCCCGCGCUCCUCGUCCCGCCCUCCUCAGGUCACGAAGUAGGAGCAGAUAGCCGUGUGGAGCAGAGUGGAUCGGUGUCUCCGGUACAAGAUGUAGCAGCAGUUGUAAACACAAGUACUGCUGGCUCUCGGUUUCAAGCAUCAAGUACAGGAGAGUAUCGAGUAGCUGGAGGGGUGUACUCUCCUGUUCCUGUCACCCCCUACGGGCCUGCUCAGUCAGCGUCGAUGCAGUCCGUUGUAGCGCCGAGUGGAGUGCAUCCCCAAGCAACGGCUCCAUCACCUCUUGUACUGUCCCCUACGAUAUCGAGUGGAGAAGCCUUUAAGGCCCAGUUUACUACUGCUGGUUCACAGUCUGUUGGUUCUUCUGCCAGUCUGUCGUUCAGCAGUUCGCCUCACCCUCAUCAGUUCCUCUCUGGUAAACGCGCUAAUAGCCUAUAUUACACUCCAGUUGGUCCACCCCCAUCUACGACACUUCCUGUUGAUCCGCUCCCAUCUACUACACUACCUGUUGAUCCACCCCCAUCUAUGACACUUCCUGUUGAUCCGCCCCCGUCUACUACCCCUCCUGUUGGUCUACCACCAUCCGCUACCCCUCCUGUUGGUCCACCAUCUGCUACCCCUUCUGUUGGUCCACCACCAUCUGCUACCCCCCCUGUUGGUCCACCAUCUGCUACCCCUUCUGUUGGUCCACCACCAUCCGCUACCCCUCCUGUUGGUCCACCAUCUGCUACCCCUUCUGUUGGUCCACCACCAUCUGCUACUCCUCCUGUUGGUCCACCACCAUCUGCUACUCCUCCUGUUGAUCCACCACCGUCUGCUACCCCUUCUGUUGGUCCACCACCAUCUGCUACCCCUCCUGUUGGUCCACCACCAUCUGCUGCACCUGUUGGUCCGUUACCCUCUGCUGCUACUCCUGUUGGUCCGCCCUCAUCUGCUGCCUCUCCUGUUGGUCCACCACCAUCUGCUGCCUCUCCUGUUGGUCCACCACCCUCUACUACACCUGUUGGUCCACCACCCUCUACUACCUCCUUAUUUGGCCCACCAUCCUCUACUACUUCCUUAUUUGGCCAACCACCCUCUUCUACCUCUUCAUUUGGGCCACCACCCUCUUCUAUCUCCUCAUUUGGCCCACCGCCCUCUGCUACCUCCUCAUUUGGCCCACCGCCCUCUGCUACCUCCUCAUUUGGCCCACCGCCCUCUGCUACCUCCUCAUUUGACCCACCGCCCUCUGCUACCUCCUCAUUUGGCCCACCACCCUCUGUUAUUACUGCUGCUGCAACGUUUCCCAAUGGCACCUUGUUGCAGGGAAGCUCCACCGCCGACAGAGUAGGGGCUCUCUCCAACCCUGCAACACGCCAGUUUGGUCCGCCUGCUGUUGGGCACAUCCCCCUGGGCCCACCACCAGUGGCCCCAAGGACUGUCUCGCCCUCUUUGGGUCCACCCCCAGUCGGGCUCACCCCUGCUGACCUCGGUCUCGGAGCAAAACACAAGAAGGGCAGUAGUGCCCUCCGCCGACCGAGGAGCAAGUAUGUAGUGCAGCAGGUGGCCUCCAGCCCCCUCCAGCCACUCCCGUGUGCCGUCUCUCCAAGGCUUCCUCUUACUACCGUGGCACACUUUCCCUCGACGCAAACUAACAUUCCGCUCGUCCCUCCGUCUUGUCCGACACCCUUUCCACCCCCUAAUACAAACUUGUUGGCUAAUACUAUAGCGCCAGUGCCCCUCGCCAAUGUGUCGUCUCCAGCUUCGAGUGUGCCUUUUGCAGCUUCCUCGCUGGCUACUGGGCUGAGCAGCAUCAGUCUUGAAAGGAAGUUGUCGGAGGCUGCACUAGAACAAUCGACAUCUGGCCCUCCCAGAACCUCCUUCACUCCGGAUCAUUCCUCCGUGAUUCCUCCAUCUUUUGAGAAUAUGGCUGGCAACCCAGCGAUGUCGGGAAGUGUUUACCACCCGGUGAUACAUCACUGGUUCUACGCAGUGGGUCGGAAACAAGUUUGGAGGCCGUUUAGCUUCUCUGAUUCGUUUAACCUGGAAGAAGCAUAUCUGCAAGAGAGUGCCGAGCUGGUGCCCACAGAAGGCGGCCGGUAUGACGUGAGUGUUAAGGAGCGUACUCGUAAAGCAGUGUACUGGGAGCAGGAUGAGCCAAGCCACAUUCGUCGUUGCAGUUGGUUCAAAAAAAGUCCCCUUGAUGCCCAGCCUCUUCCGUACGACGAAGAAGUUGCCGAACAGCUGGAAAGAGAGUACCAGGAUGCAGUCACGUCGGGUCAGUGGCAUCGGCAAAUUGAUCUGAAGGGUGGCGACAGGAUCAUGAUCCACUCUCCCCGCGCCAUGAUCCAUUACAUCGGUGCGGGUGAGGAGGGAGAGUUUCCCACCGGCGUCUCGGUCCAUGCCUCCCAAGCACCUUUAACUGUAAAACGUGGCACUGAGGAUUUUGAAAUUGACGAUGGUGAGGCGGAAAACGUGGAUCAUCUAGUGUUCUUAAUACAUGGAAUAGGCUCUGUGUGUGAUCUUCGCUUCAGACCUGUGGAGGAGUGUGUUGAUGAUUUCCGGAGACUGGGUCAGAAGCUACUGUCUUCACACUUCAAGCAGUCGGUGGACAUGGGUGUUGUUGGGCGCGUUGAGAUCCUGCCCAUAUCCUGGCACAAGGCAUUGCAUGGUGAUGCCACAGGGAUUGAUGAGAAGUUGAAGCCCAUCACCCUGCGCUCCAUACCUAAACUACGAGAGUUCACCAACGACACCAUUAUGGACGUGCUGCUCUUUAACAGCCCCAUCUACUGCCAGCACAUUAUGGAUACAGUAGCAUCGGAGUUAAACCGCCUGCACGCAUUAUUCUGCCAACGGAAUCCCUCGUUCAGUGGACUGGUGUCGUUGGGUGGCCACUCGCUUGGGUCAGUCAUCUUGUUUGACCUCCUCAUGCAUCAGUCGCCCGAGUUGAACGAAGCAUUUCACAGCACGUUAUCAUCCCCUCAGGAUGAUCACGAUGACUGCAAGCGAGAGAACCGUAGUUCCGUAACAUCGCCAGUAGACUACAUCAUGGGAGGAGCAGGCACGGGCCAACCGUCCAUCGUAUAUCCCCAUAUUAGCUUCAAACCAGAAGCCUUUUUCCUCAUGGGUUCUCCGAUUGCUAUGUUCAUAACUGUUCGUGGUAUAGAGACCAUUGGCCCAGACUUCGAGCUUCCCACGUGCAAAAGGGUCUUCAAUAUUUUCCAUCCAUUUGAUCCUGUGGCGUAUCGACUGGAGACGCUGAUUGAUCCUAGCCUCAUUGAGGUUCGACCUGUUCUUGUACCCCACCACAAGGGACGGAAGCGGAUGCAUCUUGAGUUAAAGGAAACCAUUGAGCGUGUGGGAACAGAAUUCAAGCAGAAAAUAGUGGACUCAAUUCAGAGCACAUGGAAUAGAUUGUAUCAGUUCUACAGCGGUGGACCAAGCCGCAGCCUGGAGCAGCAUGUAGAUGAGGCACUGGCAGAUCGACUCUAUCUAGAGGAGGAGGACGGGCCUGCAGGCAGCAGUGGUGGUGGGGAGCUAAAGAUCUCUGUGGGCCAUCUCAAUGGGGGUAAAAGGAUCGAUUACGUGUUACAAGAGAAGCCGUACGAGAGCUUCAACGAGUACAUUUUUGCUCUUCAAGCCCACGUUACAUACUGGGAGUCUGAAGACACCAUGCUUCUCAUCUUGAAGGAGCUGUAUGAACCUCAAGGGAUUCUAAGUGACGUAGAAAUCAACAGCAAGCAGUCUCCAUCGGCGGGACAAACUGUGCCUGAUGGUGACCCUGGACGAGGGUCUGCUUCGCACAGCCCCUCCAACCCUCGUGCCUCCUGUGCCAGUAAUGUUGUGCAGGCCCCCAAUCAUUCCUCAGAGUCAGUGCCGCUGCUCUCUCCUGGUGCUGCAUCGCCAUCCGUCUUGUUACCGCCUACGGAGCCCGUGCCGCUGCUCUCUAUGACGACCCCCACCUCUACACAGCCACCCGUCGUGCUGCCAUCCAACACUUCACACAUGGGACCUCGGGUGAUCGGAGGCCGGCCUGUGAUGGACAUUAGUUCACAACAGACUUUGGGCAUGGACCCAACUGUCAGACCGAUGAACAGACCGGUAGUUGGCCCGCCUCCCAAGGUCCCGGGAGGAACAUUUGUUAGGGUGGCUCCUUUCAGAAGAUGAGCAAGUGCUAAGACUUUUCAUUGAAGUGAUUUCAAAUUAAUAUGUAUAUGCUAUUGCACUGAAAUUCUGUGUAUUUAUACAGUACUUGGAACAUUUUUUUCCUUACAAUGAUUUGAUGUUACUGCAAGCAUAAUUUACUUUAGAAAUGCAAAUAGGAAAAUAUUAUUUAUAGUCUGUAAAUAAGUUGGCACAUAUCUGGUGCAGUAAAUCCUCAUAUUAGUAGCACAUAUUUUGGAAGUGUUUUUGAGCCAGUAUCAGAAUAGUCUGGCAGUACUGAAGGCGGCUUCCCAGCUAACAUGAAGCUCUUAUCUUCAUAAAUUAUACAAGCUGCAUAAUUUUGCUUAUACAGGCUGCAUAAACAUAAUCGUCGUGCUUAGGUCAAAUCUCUCCAAUAACUAUUCAGUGUUGAUAAGUUGAACAUCUUCAACUUAUUUUCAACAUCAUCUUCAGUGUUGGUCUUUCAACUCUUGCACUGUGUGCAAGAUUUUUCUCAAAUGCCCAACAAGGUGCAUGGUAGGGUAUUGUGUGUCAGUUGCAAGUACAGUAUAGCAACAUUGCUCUUCAAGCUGUGAUUAGCCACAGUGGUUUGGUGAAGUUAUAGAAUAAUGGUAUAGUAGUUUGCAAGGGGUGGUAUAGUUUGGUACAUGAUGAAAAAGAGCAGGGGAUGGCAGAUAUUCUUAAAUUGCUUUUGGUACAAGCGUACAUAUUGGAAAUGUAUUUGGAGCCAGGUAUGAGGGUUUGCUGGACGUUAUGUGCUCUCAGUAAAUUCACUUUUGUUACCUCUAUCACCUCUAUAGUGAUCCCCUUUCAUAUUCUAUUUUGUUAAUAAAGUAUUAAUAUAUUUGAAA